UUGACUCACUAAGGGCCAGUUUCAGUUUCUAAGAGGAGUUUGUCUCAUGUGAUGAGCAAGGAAGGAGGUGGGAACAUCUCAGUCAUUGUCAUCGGGGGUGCGAAAGAGCUACUGGAGUCCUUCCCUGGAAGAUAUUCUCUGUGCCUUCUUCAGCGCAAAGGAUUUGUUAAGAUCGCCUUGACCCAUGGUGCCCAUUUGGUUCCAGUGUUUUCUUUUGGUGAAAAUGAACUAUAUAGCCAAGUCGACAACCCUAAAGGCUCAUGGCUUCGGACUGCCCAAGACAAAGUGUAUAACCUAACGGGGUUGGCCUUGCCACUAUUCUAUGCCAGAGGAAUUUUCCAGAACAGCUUUGGCCUAAUGCCCUAUCGGAAAUUGAUCUACACUGUUGCUGCGGUUGGCACAGCAGCUCGUUUGACUCAGAAGUCAAACCAUCAGAACGACAGCUCAGUGUCUGCUGAGAAGGGAAACUCUUUUAUUUGUUGUCAAGUGGGAUGGUGUGACCGAGAUAGGCAGCCAUUGGCCGCCCCAUCCCUGUUCAGAAGACUCUGCACCCGACCCCAGAGCAGAUUGAUGAGCUGCAUCAGACGUACAUGGAGGAGCUAAGGAAACUCUUCAAUGAACAUAAAGGGAAAUACGGUAUUCCGGAGCAUGAAACUCUGGUUUUUAAAUAACCGUCUUCCUCCAAGCCAUACUGAAGGAAGACAAGAAAACAUUGUUGAGAAAAUAAAUAUUUUAAAUAACUUCUCUGU